AAGUUGAAUUCUCCACCAAUAUUGUUCUUAUUGUUUCUAAACUUUGCUCUUUCUUUCCGGAUUUCACGAAGUUUCUCUCGUUUUCUCGGAAAACCGAAUUACAUAAAACCUUCUGACGAUCACUCCCUCAGUCACCCACUUCCACUUCAAAUUACAAUUCGGCGACAAUGCAAGCAUCGACGUGUGCAGCUGCGAGAGGGGAAGUAGGAUUCGAGGUUAAAAGACGGAGAGUUUUGCCUGCCUUUAAUGGAUUGAGCAGGAGAGGUUUAGCAAUCAAUAGUAAGAGUGUUUGCAUGAGUAACAGGAGCACUUGCUGCGGUUUGCGGGCCGAUUCGGUCUCCAUGGUGAUGGAGCUCAUGCCUGUCUAUCUGAUUCGGCCAAUGGUCAAGGCCCGUUCCGUGAAAGCUCAAGCUUCCGAGGAAACUGCUGAGGGUGUUGCACCUCUGAAGGGUGAGAAGAAAUCUUCUGGAACAGUGUUGCCAUUUGUUGGUGUUGCAUGUCUUGGAGCUAUACUCUUUGGUUACCAUCUCGGGGUGGUAAAUGGCGCUCUUGAGUACCUCGCCAAGGAUCUAGGGAUUGCUGAAAACACUGUGUUACAAGGAUGGAUUGUAAGCUCUCUACUGGCUGGUGCUACCAUUGGUUCAUUUACUGGAGGAUCAUUGGCAGACAAGUUUGGCAGGACAAGGACUUUUCAAUUAGAUGCAAUCCCACUUGCAAUUGGAGCAUUUCUCUGUGCCACAGCCCAGAGUGUGCAAACUAUGAUAGUGGGCCGUCUACUUGCUGGCAUUGGAAUUGGCAUUUCAUCCGCUAUCGUCCCGCUCUACAUAUCUGAGAUCUCACCAACUGAAAUUCGUGGUGCACUUGGAUCUGUAAACCAACUCUUUAUAUGUGUUGGGAUUCUUGCAGCUUUGGUGGCUGGAUUACCUUUAGCUGGCAACCCUUUAUGGUGGAGAGCUAUGUUUGGUAUCUCAGCUGUCCCUGCCAUUCUUCUGGCUCUCGGAAUGUCAUUUUGUCCAGAAAGUCCUCGGUGGCUUUUUCAGCAAGGAAAAAUUUCGGAUGUGGAGAAGUCUAUUAAGACUUUAUAUGGAAAAGAAGGAGUUACUGAAGUUAUACAGGAUUUAACAACUGCAACUCAAGGUUCUGUGGAGCCAGAAGCAGGAUGGCUUGAUCUAUUUAGUAGUCGGUAUUGGAAAGUGGUCAGUGUGGGGGCUGCGCUUUUCUUGUUUCAACAGUUGGCUGGAAUAAAUGCCGUGGUAUAUUAUUCUACUUCUGUAUUUCGCAGUGCCGGAAUUGCAUCUGAUGUUGCAGCUAGUGCUCUUGUUGGCGCAUCUAAUGUCUUCGGCACAGCUAUUGCAUCCUCUUUAAUGGACAGACAAGGAAGAAAGAGUCUUUUGAUGACAAGCUUUAGUGGAAUGGCUGCUUCAAUGUUGCUGCUUUCUUUGUCCUUCACUUGGAAGGUUCUGGCUCCAUUUUCGGGUGCCCUUGCUGUUAUAGGGACAGUUCUCUAUGUUCUGUCCUUUUCACUUGGUGCUGGUCCAGUGCCUGCACUUCUUUUGCCAGAGAUAUUCGCAUCAAGAAUCAGAGCAAAAGCAGUGGCUUUAUCCUUGGGCAUGCACUGGAUCUCCAACUUUGUCAUUGGCCUGUACUUCCUGAGUGUAGUAAACAAGUUCGGGAUCAGCAAAGUGUAUCUGGGAUUUGCAACAGUCUGUCUUCUUGCUGUCUUGUACAUAGCUGGUAAUGUCGUGGAAACAAAGGGACGAUCACUGGAAGAAAUAGAACGUGCUCUGAACCCCACAAUUUGAAAGGUUGCUUGAAGUGCUUGUCGAAAUAACUCUACUGCUGCUUACAAAUUCUGACCUUUUUUUGGCCGGCUUUCUUCUCUGGAUGGUUAGUGACUUGAUGGUAAGGCUUGUGCUGUUCUCCAAGCGGGUUUGACUCUGUACUUAGGAAUAAAUUGUCAAUGUCCCCAUUUUGCAUCUCUUUGACGUCUUUGUUCAAAUAUCAAACAUCAGCUGUAACCAGAUACAGUUAAUUGUCCUUGUUCACAAGGGAACCUGAAGUUGUUGCUUGAUUCUUCAAUCAAUUUGAUGUCUUCUUUGAAAUAA